GAUUUCCGAAAACCUCUCCCACUUCAGCAUACAUCAAGAUCAGAGGCGAAAUCCGAAAGUGUUCAUUCCGGGGACGGAAGCUCGGGAACCAAAAGUGCUGUGCCUCAGAAGAAAAGGAUUUAAUUGCGAAGAAAAAAGCCGAAGAAGCAGAACAAGUAAAGCCAAAAUUCAUCUCUAAAGAAGAACGCCAAGCCGAGGCGUUGAAGCGGAGACAGAUGGAGGUCCAGGCUCAGCGUGAAAGGCAAAUGGCAGAGUUAAAAAAACAAACGGAAUAUCUAGGACAAGCUAAAGAUGUAGAACAUUUCAAACGUCCAGAAUACAUUGAACGUGACUAUAGGAGAACUCGUGGACGUGGCAUCCCAUCAAAACCAGCAGCCGAUACACGUAAUACCGAAAAAGAUGAAACGAAAGAGUUAGAAGCAAUUAAGGAGCGCUAUUUGGGCCAGAAGCGUCUAACAAAGCGUCGUCAGCGUCGUUUGAAUGAGAGAAAGUUCGUGUUUGAUUGGGAUGCGGCAGAGGACACUAGUCAGGACUAUAAUCCACUGUACAAAGAAAAGCACCAGAUUCAAUUUUUCGGACGCGGUCACAUUGGAGGAAUAGAUAUUAAGCAACAGAAAAAAGAGAUCGGUCGGUUUUACGCAAAGCUGCUUGGGGAAAGGCGUUCUGAUACUCAGAAAGUCCAGGAGGAAAAACGUCUUGACAGCGUGGCAAAACGUGAAGCUAAACAAAAAUGGGAUGACAGGCAUUGGUCUGAGAAAGCAGUAUCACAGAUGACUGAACGAGAUUGGCGUAUCUUUCGUGAAGAUUAUGGAAUCGCCACAAAAGGUGGAAAUAUUCCUUGCCCCCUGAGAUCUUGGGAAGAAAUGUCUGCCAGCCCCGAGCUUCUUCAAGUUAUCCGAAAGAUUGGUUAUAAUGAGCCUACUCCUAUACAAAGACAAGCUAUUCCCAUUGGACUACAAAAUCGAGAUAUAAUUGGCGUGGCAGAAACCGGUUCUGGAAAAACAGCUGCUUUCCUUAUACCUUUGCUUAACUGGAUCCAGCGGCUACCGAAACUGGAGCGUAUGGAGGAUACGGAACAAGGGCCCUAUGCGAUCAUUAUGGCUCCCACGCGUGAAUUAGCCCAACAAAUUGAAGAGGAAACAGUGAAAUUUGGUCGCCCCCUGGGUAUUAAGACAGUAUCAUUGAUUGGCGGUCUGUCUCGAGAAGAUCAAGCGCUGAAACUGAGGAUGGGCGCGGAAAUUGUUAUUGCCACACCCGGUCGAUUGAACGAUGUGUUGGAAAAUCGAUACAUGGUUCUUAACCAGUGUACAUAUGUUGUUCUGGAUGAGGCCGACAAGAUGAUUGAUAUGGGUUUCGAACCCGAAGUAAACAAUAUUUUGAGCUACCUUCCCGUCACCAAUCAAAAACCGGACACAGAUGAUGCUGAAGAUGACAGCAAACUGUUGUCCAAUUUCGCUACGAAACACAAAUACCGACAGACAGUCAUGUUCACGGCCACCAUGCCUCCUUCCGUGGAGCGCCUGGCUCGAUCCUAUCUUCGGCGUCCAGCGAUGGUCUACAUCGGUAGUGCCGGCAAGCCAACCGAACGUGUCGAACAGAUUGUGUACAUGGUGUCUGAGCAGGAGAAACGAAAGAAACUUUUGCAGAUUCUCAACAACGGUAUCGAUCCACCAGUUAUCAUUUUCGUCAACCAAAAGAAGGGUGCAGAUAUGUUGGCUAAAGGUUUGGAAAAGCUGGGUCACAGUGCGGUCGUGUUGCACGGUGGCAAAAACCAAGAACAACGUGAGUACGCGUUGGCUAGCCUGAAAUCUGGACAGAAAGAGAUUUUGGUUGCUACGGAUGUCGCCGGUCGUGGUAUUGACAUCAAGGACGUUUCACUGGUGAUUAACUAUGAUAUGUCCAAGACUAUCGAUGAUUACGUUCACCGUAUUGGUCGAACCGGUCGUGCCGGAAAGUCGGGUACAGCAAUCACAUUAUUAACGAAGGAGGACACGCCAGUCUACUAUGACUUGAAGCAGUUACUGCUACAGUCACCGGUAUCCACUUGUCCGCAUGAUCUAGCCAAUCAUCCCGACGCGCAAACAAAACCGGGAAUCGCAGCGGCCAAAAAACGUCGAGCUGACGAGACAGUGUACAUUGCUUAG